AUGUGUCCUAUUCUAGAGUUUGAGGCGGACAGAAGGGCCUUCAUCAUCACCAUCAACUCAUUUGGUACGGAACUGUCUAAGGAGGACCGUGCCAAGCUGUUCCCCCACUGUGGCAAGCUGUACCCUGAGGGGCUGGCUCAGCUUGCCCGCGCUGACGACUACGAACAGGUCAAAGCCGUGGCCGACUACUACCCUGACUACAAGCUGCUGUUUGAGGGAGCAGGCAGCAACCCAGGGGACAAGACACUGGAGGACAGGUUCUUUGAGCAUGAGGUGAGCAUCCACACACACACUCCCAAGCUCCUGUUUUAGGGAGCAGGCAGCAACCCAGGGGACAAGACACUGGAG